CAUCUCGGUAGUCACCACACUGCAAUCGCCGGCCUGUAGCGCAUCUUGUCCAAGGGUUAAUUCUAUUUAGUAGAACUCCCGAAAAAUUCGAUUAGAUUUGCAUCAUGUCUAAAAUUUCUCCAUCCACUUCUUUGUUGUUGAUGGCUGUGCUGUCCUGUUCCUGGCUCAUGGCAACUACGGCCGAAGAGAACAUAAAAAAUCCUUCACGAACUGAACGCCAGUAUUCACUGAAUGGCGAUUAUGCCGUUCCUUAUUACGGCCCCAUCCUGGAAUUGCCGAGUUUCAGUUACAACACGGAGACUAGAGCACCUAAUUAUUUGAACAGACCUUUUUUCACGGCGGCACCUGCAGCUUCCGGAGAAAGGACAUUUCAAACGCUGGUCAAUCUUCUCUCUGGGAGGCCUCUGUGUCCAGCAUGUCCUACUUGCCCAACAUGUCCUAGCUGCCCAACAUGCCCGGUAAUGUCAGAACAAGCGAUAUCCGUAUCCUUGCCACCUGCAGAGUGUCUUAAAAGUGCUGUGUUGGAUAGUGCUUCCGCUUUUCUACCUUGCUCACGUGUAUUGGCAGCUCCCAAAGGCAGUAUUGAAAUCACAUUUACUGCCGAACAAAGUAUCGCUAUUGGAAUCGUCGCCGUCGCGCCCAAUACUCAAAUCUCGUUGACUUGCACGACCAUUUCAACCGUUUCAAAAACGCAAGAUGGAGCCAUAACAGCGAACAAGGCGGUAAUUUCCAAAGGUUUCGUUCAAAUUGUCGCUACCGGCGCCAACGCUACUCCAUUUGGGAAGUUGGUCUGCACGUGGGUAUCGUCUUAGAUACCGGAAACUAUACCGAAUCGUUUAUCCCACACAACAAUUCCUCGGAUUACGCAGUACUUAUCAAUUCAUAGUCGUUGGCAAUUUGACAUCGUCGCAUAUUAGCCUUCAUAUGAGCUGAAACGUUCUAUCUAUAAUCAUAUUUGUUGCGAUUUUGUCAAUGUAGUAUAGGCUAAACAGUUGCUUUUUUAAUUAGACUUUAAUCAGUCAAGUCCCCUGGGGUGUUUUCUAUUUCAUCUGUCGAUCUAUUUAUUCUGGUGCUGGUUUCCUUUGUGCUUCAAAUUAAGACCAUUGUAAUACAAUUAGUCAAUAUAG